AUCGACGUGACGACGUCGGCGUACAUAAUGCUACUGCAAUGGUGCACGCUCAGCCCUGCGGGCCCAUCCAAGCUCUCUGCUAUCAGAUUCUCGUCACCCAGCAGAGUGCACGCGAUUAAGAUAUUUCCCACAGACGUGCAGCCCUUUAGUCAGUGUCCAGACAUCAUCGCCCGCACGGAACCAGAGGCGUUCUUUCUUGAUGUCUAUUUUAAUGCACAACCCGUGGGCUCACCAGUGGACGUGAAGCACAAGCUCAAGGCACCUAAUGCACUCAUGCCGACUGUUAUACCAUAUGCAGGUGGUAUAGUGGAAUAUGCAGUGAACAUGGGCUCUGAGUUUGCGACUCGUUUAAUGAUUGUACGUGGAGACUUUGAAACAGUAUCGAUGGCAAUAUAUGGCGAUGUUGUUUCAGAUAUCCCACCCAAUCCAAAUACAUACUCACCCCUCUCCCUACCCACACAUUUAUCGGUUCCCCUCGUGCCCGCUCUAGAUGCUGCCAAGAGUAACGACCCGACUGCUCUUGCGAGGAAUCUCCUGGCACUCAUUCCCAAUGCCCCCUGCCUUUCCCUCGUCAUACGCCUUAUGUUCUGUCUCAAGCAACCUAAUGAUGACUGGGAGCUCCCAGAAUUUCCACAUCUUUACUCCGACCUGAACGAGGAAGAAAUGGACAUCGAUUUGGACACUGCGUUCCGAUCCUUGAGUCGCCCCGUGGUGGAUGACAUUUCAUCAGAGCAGUUGCAUUGCUUUGCAAAGAAGGUGUCCGACGCUAUCGGCCCCAGGGAUGAUGCACAAACGGAUCUCAUUGCCGGCAUCCUUUCUCGCUCUGCCUCGCAGACUCCUGAAUUUGCGCAAGCUUUGAUGCAAGCGCUCGACCUCGAGACGAUCUUUGAUGCAUCAACAUUGGACGAAGAUGCUCUAUUUACACUUCUGGAUGCAUCCACGAAUCCCGACAUAUCGCGGUUGUUGAAGGCGCCAUGGUUUCUUCAUGUCCUGCGAGCUGUCCUUGCGCUGCCGACUGUUACCCCCGAGAUGAAGAAAGCUUGUCGACGAUUAAGCGAUCGGGUGGGAUCAUGGACAGUCUUUGAACAAGCGCUUUCUGGGGCUCCAGACGCAGAUUACACUAGGGCAGCACUAUUUCUAAAGGACAUUGGAAAGGAGGAGAAGAGUUUUGGCAUAUGGCUAUCAUGUAUCACCACUCAUGAUGACCUUCUUUCGAAGAUCAGAGAUGCGCCGGCAUACGAGGGCAUGUAUCCGCUAGAUUUGAUGUCUGGCUUGAGCCCCUCUGAGGAUAUUACGCAUUCCGAAUUCAUGGCAUUCGUCAGGGCAUACGUUGGCGUAGCUUCAGUGCUAGCUGUGUACGCCUGGUCGGACAGCCUUCCAAAUUUACACUGUCGCGAGCGCACUUUGGGUGUUUUGCGUUUAUGGCAAGAAAUUCCUGGAUAUCGUGCGAUCAUUUCCCCCUUGCUCUUGCUGCCCCAGAUGACCUUCCGCCUGGAAUGCAUGACGACCGGGAAUGAUCCACCCACAACUGCGGGGAUCAAUGCCGAGUCCCUCCUUUUCGCACUUGCAGCCAAUCCGCAAAGUUUCCUCAACCCUGAUUUUGUGCGCUGCGUUCGAGGUUGGGAACCAUGGAGCCUAACAUGGAUCAACGAGCGGGAACGAGCAGACAUAGAACGCGCCGCCAAACUCGCAGACGAAGGCGUUGGUGGGGCUGUAGAGGAGCUCGUCGGAUUCGCAAAAGAAGGUCUUGACGCAAUUUUGAAUCAAGGCAGGAUACGAACUCUCAGAGUUGCUGUGGCUGUCAUCAUGCACGCGCUGGAGGACAAUACUGAGAGCGGAACCAAAUGUGGCGACUGGACGGUGUUGGAGGCUGUUUGGGGUGAACACACGCAUGGACUUUUGAAUUAUGCCAUCGAUAUGUUUACUCGUAUCAGCGUGGAGGUGAAGCAAGGAUUCUCAUUGAAACCCUCUCCGUCGCCUACGAUUGGCCUCGAGCCGCUCUUUCUCGUGUCGAAUGAGAUCUUGCACCUCAUCGCGUGCUUACAUGCACUCUCCAUUACGACAAGCCGUGCAGUACGAUUAGUCGUGAGCGGCAUUCUGGACAUGUACAGCUGUGCUGACGUCGCCUCCCACGAAUUCAUCGUGAACAGCGCAGUACGGGAUGCCGCAUUCCUCGUCAAGCAUGCGUGUGCCAAUGUACUCUAUACAUUUUCAAGGAGCUCACAAGAUCAGCACAAGUGCGGACUGUCUGCAGUCCUCCGUACACUCUUUGAACAAGGCCUAUAUUUCGAUAAUGUUGAUCCUGCGAGGAGACUUUUGAGUGCUUUUUCCUUGGUCCUUCGAGUUUUGUCGGAUGAUGUGGAUAGCCUACCUGCGGGCUGGAUGGUCACUGUCAUUCCACAAACUCUAACUCCCCUCACACUCUUCUUCCGGCAUCUCGAACCCGCGCACAAAGUCCAGCUGGUCCAGCGACUCGUCAGCCUCGACCAUGGCAUAUUGGGACUGGGUGACUUCCUCGUCCAAGGGGAGGUGAAGAGACUCGCCGGUCUUCUGAAGGUGAUGGCCGAGAGAGGGGUUGUCGCCCAGUGGGAAGUGGGCGCGGGACUUGAAUUUGUGGCAGGGCUUGUUGAAGCUGAAGAUGGUGACUGGUGUAUAGCCGCAUUACGCCAAUCGGAGUUGGGAACCAUUAUGACUGGCUUACUGGAUGUCAGUCUCUACUCAAAACAUCUUGGAACGAUUGCCGGGCGGUUGGCUGAGAACCCAGAGUCCCUAGGGAUCGAGCUUAGGCUUUCUGUUGUCGCUGCGCUCCUGCGCGGGGUGCAGGUGCAAGAGUCGAGCAUAUGCAGGAUGAACGCCUUCGGCUUGAUUUCCGCUGUCCUGGAAACGACCGACGAGAAAGACAGAGAUCCCGAACGGCUGCUCUGGGAAGUAGGACACGCACUCGCCGCAGUAGUAGAGUCAAACGACAACCUCUCCUCUCUCGACUCCGAAAGCGUCGUCAACACGCUCCUCCUCCUUGAUUCCCCCUCCCAGUCCGAUCUCCACGGGCUCACGCCCGAGCAAUGGGUCAAACUCUGCACCCACUUGGAAACAUCCCUACCACCCAACAUGCUGCCGAUGCUCCCCAUCAUCAAAGGUUUCCAUCCUUCUCCAUCCCCACUACCAACGAUCACACUCCUUCCAUCAACCCUCACGCUCCCGCUUUACGACCUCAUCUCCCUCCUUCAACCACCAGCAACCCUACCUAGCACCCCACCACCAAAGCGUAAAUCGCCUAGUCAAGACGUCCUAGGCCUCGUCGCUAUUUCCCCACCAACUGCAGUGCUGCGAUCGCCAGCUGUUACAGGUCUCACAAAGACCUAUACGCGGAAUGAUUUUCGGGAGUUGAGGCAGUUACCGAGUGCGAGGCAGAAUACGAGUAGGUUGCCGAGUAUGCAUGUUGACACAUAUAACUACCGCAUACAGGAUUUCCUUCAAGUCGAAAUGACAUCGUCACCGCUCGUUCAGCCUGUAGCGACUGCGGGGGAUAUGUCGAAUCUUUCCCCGCCGUUCAAUAUGGGAAAGGAGAAUGGGUACAUUUAG